ACCAUGGCGACGCCGCCGUCCGUCGCCCCUGCCGCGCUCCGGUGCCCGGGGUUCCACGUGGGACGCGGCCUCCUCCCGCGCUCCGCCGGCGACCCCUGCCCGCGCUCCGCCCUCCCUUUAAGGUUAGAUGGGCUGUCGUUGAGGACGUGCCGACGUGCAGGCGCUGGCGCCGUGUUGGCCACGAGGAGCCCUGGUUUGGGCAAUGCGGAGAAUCUGCGGGAGAGUUCUAGCUUGUCUAGGAACUGGGAUUUAAGAAGACAGAUCGGUGAUGAGCACGGUGUUCUCAUAGAAUGCAGGGAUGUGCAUAAGUCCUUUGGGGACAAACAUGUACUGCAAGGCGUUAGCUUCAAGAUUAGACACGGUGAAGCUGUUGGAAUAAUCGGUCCUUCGGGAACUGGUAAAUCAACUAUUUUGAAGGUUAUGGCCGGCCUUUUAGCUCCCGACAAGGGCGAGGUCUUCAUCUGCGGAAAGAGAAGACAUGGCUUAGUUAGUGAUGAAGAUAUUUCAGGUCUCCGGAUUGGCUUGGUGUUUCAAAGUGCCGCUUUGUUUGAUUCUCUCAAUGUUCGCGAAAAUGUUGGAUUUCUUUUGUAUGAAAACUCCAACUUGCCUGAGGAGCGAAUAGGUGAACUAGUGACAGACACAUUGGGCGCAGUAGGCCUAAAAGGUGUCGAAGAACGAAUGCCAUCUGAAUUGUCUGGCGGCAUGAAAAAGCGUGUGGCACUUGCUCGGUCAAUAAUAUAUGAUGAUACAAAAGAAACAAUAGAGCCAGAGGCUCUUCUAUAUGAUGAACCUACAGCUGGGCUUGACCCUAUUGCAUCCACUGUCGUUGAAGACCUUAUACGUUCGAUGCAUGUGACAGGGGAAGAUGCUCUCGGUAAGCCGGGAAAGAUAGCAUCAUAUGUGGUUGUCACUCAUCAGCAUAGCACAAUAAGAAGAGCUGUUGAUAGGUUGUUGUUUCUCCAUGAGGGGAAGAUAGUCUGGGAAGGAAUGACGGAGGAAUUCACGACGACAACAAAUCCUAUUGUACAGCAGUUUGCCUCUGGUAGCCUAGAUGGACCGAUAAGAUACUAGUGAAGGUCAAGUAUUCGGCGCGUUUCUGCGCUACCUUCCACAAUGCCUCGUCUUAGAGAGGCAUCUAUCUGCAACCAAGAAAUAUCGGAGUGGUGCCUUUGGGCUGAUCUGGAGAUAGAUGGUGCUAUUCGGUGACUAAUUUAUUUAUUGGAUCUAGAGUGGAAUAAACAGCAGGAUCAAUUAGCCUGUUGGCGAGUUUGGAGCUGAUGUAAAUGCCAUUCUUACCCAGAGCGGCUCCUUGGAUCUCUUCUUGUUUGUAGUGUUUUAUGUCCAAUGACAUGUAAUGCGGUGUUGAUUUUUAAUGUGUUCAAAUAUUGCCAAAAAACAUUAUUCGAUGGCACGAAGUGAGCGCCUGGACAUUUUGCAAGAAUACCAUAUAGCACUAAGAAAAUGCACUUAUGUAUAGCAGUCAGACAACUGCUGAUCCUCGGA